AUGGAGAAAGAACGGGAAUACCAAAACAGAAUUUGGAAGGCGUUCCUUAUAUCCAUUCCAUAUUCUGCCAGUAUCGGGGGGACCGCCACCCUAACUGGGACAGCACCCAACCUCAUCCUUCUGGGACAGCUGAAGAGCUUCUUCCCAGGCUGUGACGUGGUGAACUUUGGCUCUUGGUUUGUCUUUGCUUUUCCGCUGAUGAUCAUAUUUCUUGUACUUGGUUGGUUAUGGAUCUCACUUCUACACGGCGCGUUCAGCCUCAGAUGCAAAAGGGAGAAGAAAUCAGAGAUUCGAGUGGAUGCAGAGGCAAAAGCCAAAGAAGUGAUAAAGGAGGAUUACAGAAAGCUGGGCCCCACAAUUUUUGCAGAGAAAGCCGUCUUCUUCUUCUUCUGCCUGUUUGCCAUUCUGCUGUUCACCAGAGACCCCAAGUUCAUCCCUGGAUGGGCAUCAGCGUUCACCCCUGGCUUCACCUCGGAUGCAGUGACUGGGAUUACCAUAUCUGUCAUUUUAUUUUUCUUCCCCUCUGAGAAGCCCUCCCUGACUUGGUGGUUCGAUAUGAAAGCUCCGAAUACAGAAAAUAAACCUUUGUUAUCAUGGAAGAAAGCACAAGACACUGUUCCAUGGAACAUCAUUUUACUGCUGGGAGGGGGCUUCGCCAUGGCCAAGGGGUGUGAGGUGUCUGGUUUAUCCACCUGGAUUGGAGGCCGUUUGCAGCCUUUGGAGGGUCUCCAUCCUGCUGCUGUGGCCGUCCUCCUCAUUACUAUACUCAUCGCCUCCUUCACUGAAUUCGCCAGUAACACAGCGACCAUUAUAGUCUUCCUCCCGGUAUUAUCAGAACUGGCCAUCCGUCUUAAAGUGAAUCCUCUAUACCUAAUGAUUCCCGGCACCGUCGGCUGCUCCUACGCCUUUAUGCUCCCGGUGUCCACGCCUCCCAACUCCAUAGCGUUUUCUACGGGACAUUUGAUGGUGAAAGACAUGGCAAGGACGGGACUUCUAAUGAACCUAAUGGGCGUUCUUCUUCUUAGCCUGGCCAUGAACACCUGGGCAUCCAGUAUAUUCGGGCUCAGCACUAUUCCUGAUUGGGUCGGCCUCCAUUCGCACAAUGUCACCUCCUUGGCCACGUACAAUAUGACUACCGGUGGCUGA